AUGGUAAAUGAUCGAUUGUAUAUAUGCUAUUGUGAUAAUGGUUAUAUUCUAAUUGAUAAUACUAUCAAUCCUUAUUGUUUAUUAAUUAAUGGUUCAACCUCACCAAAUACAACAACAACAAUUAUUAUUAAUAAUACUUCAAAUAAUAAUAAUAACAAUAAUAAUAACCAUAUGAAUUGGACAAUCCCAAUUGUAAUAAUUGUAUCAAUUUUCAUUUUAUUAAUAAUUGGUUCAAUAUCAUUAUAUUUAUACAAAAAAUAUUGUUCAAAACCAAAACGUGUUCAUUAUCAAUUAAUAAGAUAA